AUGUCCUAUCACCACCAACCGCAGUUAUCUGUUAACUCUAUACAGAGUCUAGUUGAACCUGUGACACCACCGCCAUUGGGUCAAAUGAGUAACAAAAAGAAUCACACAAAGACCCAAUCGUUGGAUCUUUCCGAGUUUAAUCAGUUUAUGCAGAAUCAGUCUCCCAUGAUGAUGGCAAAGACUUUCUCUCCUCCUGAAUAUCAAUCUCAAACUCAAGCCCAACAACGUCCACACCAGGGAACAUCUCCAGGCACUCUGCCUCUGAUCAAUGAGUUUGAUGUUGGAUUUGAUCCAUCGACGUCUGCUAAUGGAUCUGGUGCUUCCAUGCACGCACCAGGGGCGCCUCCUGCACAUGUGCCAACUGCACCAUCGGCGUCGAUUCCUUCUGUUAAUACUAAUUCUUCUACUAGCAGUUCCUUGAGGACCAGCAGUGGGACUGAAGCUAUGGAAAUUACCUCAGCACCAUUGGAGGAAUUGGAUUACGUCAAGUUGGCAACAGACCAAUUUGGUUGUAGAUUUUUACAAAAGAAGUUGGAAUCCCCUGCUGAAUCAAAUUUAGUCAGAGAUUUGAUGUAUGAACAGAUUAAAGGAUGCUUUUUGGAUUUAAUCCUCGAUUCGUUUGGUAAUUACUUGGUUCAAAAAUUAUGUGAAUAUUUGACUUUGGAUCAAAAGACAUUUUUGAUCCAAGUGAUCUAUCCACACGUAUUCCAAAUUUCGAUUAAUCAAUACGGUACGAGGUCUCUACAAAAGAUCAUCGAUACUGUGGAUAAUGAAUCUCAAAUUGAUCUAAUUACAAAGGGAUUCUCGCAAGAGCAUACUUCCAUCGAACAAGUGGUCACAUUGAUUAACGAUCUUAACGGGAACCACGUGAUCCAGAAAUGUAUCUUCAAAUUCCCACCAUCUAAAUUCGAUUUCAUAAUUGAUGCCAUUGUGGAACAUAACAAUAUCAUUACGAUCUCUACUCAUAAACAUGGUUGUUGCGUUUUGCAAAAGCUGUUGAGCGUUUGUACUUUACAACAGAUCUUCAAGAUCUCUGUUAAGAUCGUCCAAUUUUUACCAGGUUUGAUCAAUGAUCAAUUCGGUAAUUACAUCAUUCAAUUCCUGUUAGACAUUAAGGAAUUGGAUUUUUACCUUUUGGCUGAAAUUUUUAACAGAUUAUCAAACGAAUUGUGUCAAUUGUCAUGUUUAAAGUUCUCUUCAAAUGUUGUGGAAAAAUUUAUCAAGAAAUUAUUCGGAAUCGUAAUGGAAUCUGUUCCCAAGGCUCAAGAAAAUUUGGUUCCCGAACCUAAUGAUGAUGUCGUUACUGCAGCAAUGGGGAUCCUUUUGACUAUUAUUGAUAUUUUUACGGUCAAUUUGAAUGUCUUGAUUAGGGACAACUUUGGGAAUUACGCUUUGCAAACUUUGCUGGACGUUAAAAAUUACGGACCUAUCUUGGAAUAUCCUGGUAAUUCCUUCGUUCUAAAGUCGGUUAAGUUGUUGAACUUUAGUCAUGAUUUUACUACAAAGAUUGGAAAUUUAGUCAUUUUGACUAAGGAAUUUUUGCCAAGCAUUAAGACUACAUCAUAUGCCAAAAAAAUCAAAUUGAAAGUAAAGGCAUAUGCAGAAUUAACAGGAAUCGCGUUUGCAGAUUUAUCUCCAAAGAAAAAUACUGGUGGUGGCAACUUUAACAAUAACGGUAACCAUUUCAAUAAUCAUCGCAACAAUGGUAAUAGCAACAAUAACAAAUUUAACCAUUAUAAAAACGGCGGUAACGUUAAUGCUAAUAGUGCUGGUGGUGGUUACUCAAAGCAUGCUCGCCAUUUUUCACUCCCUGCUAACGCUUUCCAUAGAAGAAACUCUAGUUCCGUCUCUUCCUUAGGUGUUUUACCUCAAGCGCAAACUCUGCAACUACCACAAACUCCGAUGGGUGGUUCUAAUGGGAUUUAUGGACACAACCAAUUUUUAGCACCUCAAACUACUACUGCAACCAAUUCUGCAGCAGCGGCAGCGGCAGCGGCAGCGGCAGCAAGUGGCGGAAGUUUCCCUCCAGCUCCGCCACCUCAAUUUGUGCCUACUACUGCUGCACAGAUACCCUCGUCUCAAAAGCCAUUUGUCUCUGCACCUUUGCCUAAACCCAAUUCUAAUCCAAAUUUACAGGGAUUACAAGGGCAUACACCCAUGCCGUUUAGCAGUGAUAUGGGGAACAGUACUAACAGUUCUGGCUCUAGUCUAUUCCACAAUACAAUGAAUGAUCCAUUUGUGGGUAAAAAUUUUGCAUUCACAAGUGGUUCCCAAUCCAGUUUAUGUGAACCAAAUUUUGCACAACAAAGGGUAGUUAGUAACCCUUUCCCAUUACAGCAGAUUCCACAACAACCAUCAAUGCAACAGGCUCAAUUUAUGAAUAAUUACAUGCCCAUUAGAGCCGUUGAAGGUGGCAUGUAUAUGGGUGCUAAUGGUUCGAAUACAAAUGAUUUUAUUAACUCCGGAAAUGAGUUUAAUCUCGGCUUCCGUUGA